CUGUUGGUUCACUCCUCAAAUGGGUGCAAUGACCAGGGCUGGGCCGGGGUGGAGGGAAAGCCAGAACACAAGCUAGGUUUCCCAUGUGGGCAGCAGGCACCUGCUUACUUGAGUCAUCAGCACUGCCUCCCAGGGUCUACACUGGCAGUUAGCUGGAGUCAGGAGCUGGAGCCCAGAAUUGAACCCAGAUGCUCCACUGUGGGAGGCUGAUCUCUUAACCACUAAGCUAAAUGCUGACUCCCUGACUUACUGUACUUUCUUUUUUACAAAGAGAGGUUUUUUUUAAAAAAAUUAUUGAGAGGCAGAGAAUAAUAGAGAGACUGAGAACUCAGACCGGCUAGUUCACUCCCCUAUCAGAAGUCAAUCCAGGUCCCCCAAUUGGGUGGUGGGAACCCAACCACUUGAGCCACCCCCGCCGCCCCUAGGGUCUGCACCAGAAGGAAGCUGGAAUCAGGCAAACAUGGAAUCCAGGACCUGUGGUUUGGGAUGCAGGCUUCUCAAAUUGCUUCUUUACAGCUAGGUCAAAAGCCCGCCUCCCUGAGGUGGUUAUUUUAACAAGGAAAAUAGCGCACAAAAGGGGUAUCUAGAUUUUUUUUUUUUUUUGACAGGCAGAGUGCACAGUGAGAGAGACAGAAAGGUCUUCAUUUUCUGUUGGUUCACCGCACUGAUCCGAAGCCAGGAGCCAGGUGCUUCUCCUGGUCUCCCAUGGGGUGCAGGGCCCAAGUACUUGGGCCAUCCCCCACUGCACUCCCUGGCCACAGCAGAGAGCUGGCCUGGAAGAGGGGCAACCGGGACAGAAUCCGGCGCCCCGACCGGGACUAGAACCCUGAGUGCCGGCGCCACAGGCGGAGGAUUAGCCUACUGAGCCCUGGCGCGGGGUACCUAGCUCUUUGCGUCACUGGUCGUACUUGGCAUUCCUAGCAGGUGGCCUGUGGUGGCUUAAUAGCCCACACUGGCCACCCUACUUCCUGGAACUUCACUUUCCUAGCUCUAAGAGGGGUGUUGUUGAUUCCCCUUCCCCUCCCUAGUUCAGUCUUGAUGGUACCCCUGGGACCGCACGGGAGCCCGAGGCUCAGAAAAGGGCAAGGUCGGCUCAGCAUCUCACCUGGCCGGGCAACCCCUCCUGCGCUUAGCUUCCCCACCCCGGGGCGGGGCCAGGGGCACUUCCGCUGGCCAGCGUUAGCCGCACGUGGUAGGCUGAGCGGCGCCGGGCUAGCUGCGGGUCGGAGAUGACCAGCCUGCGCUCUGCGCCCGGGUCUCCGGCGUCCACGUCCCGGGCGCCGGCGCCCCCGCCCGUGACCGACAGGCAGAACAUAAUUAAAGUUGUGGAGCUGAACGUCGGGGGUCAGUUUUACACCACCACUCUGGACACCCUACGAAAAUUCCCAGACUCGAAGCUGGCAGAGAUGUUCUCCGGCGCCAAUCUCGCCUGCAGGGAUGCGAAGGGCUGCUUCUUCAUUGAUCGUCCUGGCACCUAUUUCGGACCUAUCCUCGAGUACCUGCGCAGCGGGCAGCUGCCCACGCAGCACCUCCCCGAGGUGUACCGGGAGGCUCAGUUCUAUGGAAUCAAGCCUUUGGUCAAGCUCCUGGAAGACACGCCACAGAUCUUUGGUGAACAGGUGGCUCGGAGGCAGUUUCUGCUGCAAGUGCCCGGCUACAGCGAGAACCUGGAGCUCCUGGUUCGCCUGGCGCGCGCAAGGGCUGUGGCGCAGCGUCAUUCGAGGGUCAUGGUGUGUGUGAUGCCGUCUGAACAGCAUUCUGCGAAGUAUCAGGAGCGCCCACGUACUGAGGAGGACACGAUUGUCAUGCACACGCCUGGGAUGCUAGAAACGGAUGUGCGUGACCUCAUGGACUGUGUGAAGAUGGACCUUCAGAACCAGGGGUACAGAGUAACCUUCUCCGGCCCCUACACGAAUUCACUCUUCUCCACUUCCUCUUCGCGCUUUGCCCCAGCCUGUGCUUGCUCCUUUAAAUUCACCUUCACGUGGUGGUGAUUGCUGGGGCUCGGACUGUUUUGCUACCGGCUGUGGUGGGGCUUGUAGAAUUAAAAGUUGCAGGGCAGGCCCCGAGGCUCACUAGGCUAAUCCUCCGCCUUGCGGCGCUGGCACACCAGGUUCUUAGUUCUGGUCGGGGCACCGGAUUCUGUCCUGGUUGCUCCUCUUCCAGGCCAGCUCUCUGCUGUGGCCAGGGAGUGCAGUGGAGGAUGGUCUAAGUCCUUGGGCUCUGCACCCCAUGGGAGACCAGGAGAAGCACCUGGCUCCUGCCUUCGGAUCAGUGCGCUGUGCCGGCCGCAGCAGCGCGCCAGCCGCGGCGGCCGUUGGAGGGUGAACCAACGGCAAAGGAAGACCUUUCUCUCUGUCUCUCACUGUCCACUCUGCCUGUCAAAAAAUAAAAAAAAGUAAAAAAAAAGUUGCAAUUUUCUUUAAUUUCAAAAACAAACAUUGAACAGCUUGCAUGGUUGGCUUAUAGCUUUCUUCUCAAUUUUUUUUUUUUAAGAUUUUGUUUCUUUAUUUAUUUGAGAUACAGAGUUACAGUCAGAGAGAGGGAGAGGCAGAGGAAAGGUCUUCGAUCUGCUGGUUCACUCCCCAAAUGCCACAAUGGCUGGAGCUGGGCCAGUCCGAAGCCAGGAGCCAGGAGCUUCUUCUGGGUCUCCCACAUGGGUGCAGGGGCCCAAGGACUUGGGCUUUCUCAGGCCAUAACAAGAGAGCUGGAUCAGAAGUGGAACAGCUGGGACUCGAACUGGCAGGCGUAUGGGAUGCUGGACUGCAGGCAUCAGCUUUACCCACUACACCACAGCGCCGGACCUGGGACACAGGACUUAACAGUACCCAAAUUCAGAAGCCCCCAUGUAAAUGCAUGAUUUAGCAACCGUAUUGCAUGCCUACCAAUUUUCUCACACUUUAAUUUUCCUUUGAGGUGUCUCUUCUGUGGUGAUAGAUGUAAAAAAACCUUCCACUAAGACAAGGCCAUAUGUAUAUGAAAGAUUCUGGCUUUGCCCCGAUGGCAUAACCAUAGUCUUUAUCAGUCACUUCAGAAACUAUUGUUUCUGAACAGUAAAUCUUUAAAAAAAGAUUUUAUGUAUUGUUUAUUUGAGAGGUAGAGUUACAGAGAGAGGAAAGACAGAGAGAAAGGUCUUCCAUGCACUGGUUCACUCCCCAGAUGGCCCCAAUGGCUGGAGCUGAGGCCAUCUGAAGCCAGGAGCCAGGAGAUUCUUCCGGGUCUCCCAUGUGGGUGCAGGGGCCCAAGGACUUGGGCCAUCUUCUACUGCUUUCCCAGGCUAUAGCAGAGAGCUGGAUUGGAAAUGGAGCAGCUGGGGCUCAGACUGGCACCCAUGUGGGAUGCUGGCACUGGAGGUGGCGGUUUACUCGUUAUGCCAUAACACCAGCCCCAGUAAAUAAAAUUUGAACAUCAAAGACAAAUAAACAAACAGAAAUAAAAUAAAAAAAAUUUGAACAACAUCAAAAAAAAAAACAAACAACUACUGGAACUUUUCCCUUUAUGAUAUCUUCACAUAUCUCUCUAAUAUUUAUUUAUUGGGGGGGGGGGGCUGUGCUGUAGUACAGCAGGUUAAAGCCCUGGCCUGCAGUGCUGGCAUCCCAUAUGGGUGCUAGUUUGAGUCCCAGCUGCUCUACUUCCAGUCCAGCUCCCUACUAAUGUGCCUGGGAAAGCCUCAGAGGAUGGCCCAAGUGCGUGUGCCCCUGCACCCACGUGGGAGACCUGGAAGUGGCUCCUGGCUCUUGGCUUCAGAUCAUCCAGGCUCCAGCCGUUGUGGCCAUUUGGGGAGUGAACCAACAGAUGGAAGACCUCUCUCUGUCUCUACCUCUCUCUCUAACUCUCUUUCAAAUAAAUAAAAUAAAUAUUAAAACAAUAUUUAUUUCAAAAGCAGUGUUACAGAGAGAAGAGACAUCUUCCAUCUACUGGUUUACUCCCCAGAUGAUUUGCAACAGCAAUGUCUGGGACAGGCUGAAGCCAGGAGCUUCUUCUGGGGCUCCCACGUGGGUGCAGGGGCACACGCACUUGGGCCAUCCUCUGCUGCUUUCCCAGGCAUGCUACCAGGGAGUUGAAUUGGAAGUGGAGCAGCCCAUGUAGGAUGUCAGCAUUGCAGGUGGUGGCUUAACUCACUGUGCCCCAAAGACAUCCCCAACUUCUUCACCUCUUUCAACAUCUUUAUGACAUAUUUUAACCAAGAUUCAAAAGUGUUUCUUGGGCUUGGAGCCUGAGUGUACUUUGCGGUGUCUUCAAAAAGCUGAGCAGUAAUUUCUAAUGCUUAUGACCUGCAACAGUGAUUCCAGGUUUGGGGCUUGUUUUUUAAUUUAAAAAUUGAUUCAAGAGCAGAGCACUCCCAUCUGCUGGCUGACUCCCCAAAUGCCUGCAAUGACUGGGGCUGGGCUAGGCCAAAAUUGUAAUUCAGGAACCCAGCCCAGGUCUCCUGUGUGGAUGGCAGAGCCCUAACUAUGUGAGCCAUCACCACUGCCACAUAGGGUCUGUUUUAGCAGGAAGCCAGAGUCCUGAGCAGCAGCUGGAAUUUGAACCCAGGCAUUCCACUGUGGGACUUGGGCAUCUUAAACCGCUAGGCUAAAUGCAUAUCCUGUAUACCUAAGUACUUUAAAAUUUCCUCUAGCUUUUGCUGCCUCCCAGGGUGUGUGUUAUCAGUAAGUUGGAAUCCAAGGCAGAAGUGGGACUGGAACCCAGAUACUCUGAUAUGGGUAUUAGCUAGCUAGCUAGAUGUAAAUUUUUUAAAGAUUUAUUUAUUUGAAAGGCAGAGUUACAGGGAGUGAGAGGCAGAGCAAGAGAGAGAAAGAGCUUUCAUCCACUGGUUUACUACUCAAAUGGCUGCAAUGGCCAGUGCUGUUGCAAGCCGAAGCCAGGAGCUCAGAGCUUCACCUGGGUGUCCCACGUGGAUGCAGGAGCCCAAGGACUUGGUCCAUUUUCUGCUGCUUUCUCCAGCACAUUGGAAAAAAGUUAGAUUGGAAGUAGAAUAGUGCCCAUAUGGGAUGCCAGAGCUGCAGGUGGCAAUUUAACCCACUGUGCUGCAAAAGUGGCCCCAGGUAGCUAGAUAGAUAUUAACCUAUAUGUAUAAAGAGGGGCUGAAGAAAGUGGGAAUUUUUAAAUAAAGUGAAUUUUUGUGCAAUGGAACAAGGAAACAAACCUAGAAAGCAGACCAGCAAGUACACCUAAAGUCAUUGCUCUUGUUCUAUGACCCUGUUAGAAGGGGUCCAGCCCUCUCCUUGGAGUAACUAGGAGAAUCCCCCAUUCUACACCAAGGGGUUGUUAGGUCCAGGAACACUGCACUGAUAACAGAUCCUGAAAGCAUUUCCAGGAACUCCACAUCCAGAAGACUCCCUUUCCUCAUACACAAUUGCCCGUAAGACAGAAGGCGGGGAAGAGGAAUGGGGAACCCAUGCUCAUGUCCAUAAAAACUCCAGUCCAAAACGGACUGCGUGCUCAGUUCUUUACUGUGAUGCCCACCUGGUCCAUCAGGUCUAUAUCUCAUCAUUAAACUUUGCUUGCUUACCACUCUGUGUCUCAUGCCUGAGAUCUUUGUUGUGUGGAGACAAGAACUUGCCAGCAGACGAUCUCUGGUGCCUGGUGUAGGUGUCCAAGUGAUGUCUUUAUCAUCAUGCUAAAUGCUCACUCCAGUGACAUACUAUUUUUACUCCACUUAUAAUAGCAAAACAAUUUUUUUAAAAAAAUUUACUUAUUCAUUUUGAAAGGGUUUGAGAGAGGGGCUGACACUGUGGCAUAGUGGGCAAAGUCGCCAUCUGCAGUGCAGACCCCAUAUGGGUACAGGUUUGAGUCCUGGCUGUUCCACAUCUGAUUCAACUCUCUGCUAUGGCCUGAAAAAGCAGCAGAGGAUGGCCAAAGUGUUUGGGCCUUUGCACCCACAUGGGAGACCUAGAAGAACCUCCUGACUUCUUGGCUUUGGAUGAGCCCACCUCUGGCCAUUGUGGCCAUUUGGGGAGUGAACCAGUGGAUGGAAGACCUCUCUCUCUGCCUGAUUCUCUGUAACUCUGUCUUUCAAGUAAAUAAAUCUUAAAAAAAUGUUAGGAGAGACAGAGAGAUCUUCCAUGUACUGACUCACUCCCCAGAUGGCUGCAAUGGCACCCACACUAGGCCAGACCGAAGCCAAGAGGUUCAUCUGGGUCUCCCAUGUGCGUGGAAGGGGCCAAAGCACUUGGGCCAUCCUUUGCUGCUUUCCCAGGCUAUUAGCAGGGAGCUGGAUCAGAAGUGGAGCAGCUGGGACACAAACCUGCACCCAUAUAUGAUACAACAUACAACAUCACAGGUGGCAGCUAUACCCAUAUGCCACAAUGCUGGCCCCGAUAGCAAAACAAUUGGAAAUAAUUUGGUGUUUUUAACUGUAAAAUGCAAUGCUAUGCAGCAGUUGAAAUUACAUUUAUGAGUGGCUUAAAAUUAUUGGGGAGGAGAAUGUUUAUUUAGUUGAACAUAAUUUCAUUAAACUUUUACUCCAAAAAAAAAGAUUUAAGUUGAUUAGAAUUGUGGCGCUAUGAAACAAAAAAGAAAUAUCCCAAAAGAUACGGUAGAAAUAGAUGAAUUUAGUGCAUACUGUUGUUUGACAGCUCAUUAGUAACAUCCUCUCUCUUCCUUUUUCCUAACAGAAAAGGCAAAAUGGUAACUAUAUUACUAAUGUUCAAACUACUCUCUAUUUUGUUUGGAUGUAAGUAUAUGAGACUUUUCAGAUCUGCUAGAGACUAAAAAAUUACAUGGAAGAAAACUUAAAAUUGUAGGUUAAACAUAACGGUCAUUAUAAUCCAAAGGGAAAACCUAAUGAAAGACUGAAACUUUUGUAGAUUGUCUUCAUAGCACUGCACUAGGUUUUAAGGUGUAUAAUUUGGGAGUACAUAUUUUUCUUUUAUUCUUUUCUUUCUACUUACUUUUCUCAUCUUCCCCUGGGAUUCAGGGUCUAUUUCUGCCCCUUCCUGCUGUGUUUGGUGUUCUGCAAGGCUGAUCCCUUCUGCAUACCCAGACCCCUUGCUGGUUUUUCAGCAUCUUGGCAAGUCCAGGAGAGGACCACUGGUGCCAGGAGAGCCGGGAGAAUUGGUCUGGGGAAAAAUAUUUGUGCUUCUCAUGAAUGCCCACCAGAGGGCACCCAUUCUAGAAGUCUCAAAAAUUAAAUGGUUUAAUUUGUGGCUAUCCAUUAGUCUCUUCCCCCUGCUCCCCAGUGCUUGCUCAAUGGAGUCAAGAAUGAAGUGGCUAUAACGGCACGGAUGGAGGCUACAGAUGGGCUCCACAAUACAGACUUCUGCUCACCAAAGCUCAACUGGCCAUUGAUGAAUGUUCAACUUGCUGAUGGCAGAGACAUAAUACUGAGCCGCUGAUGUGGUGUCAGCCCCAGAGGGACCCAGGCAUUUCUCUGCACGUCAGUUACCUACACUGCUCUGUAACAAACCGUUGGGAUAAAUUCUGGCAUUUUUGAGCAAAUGGCUUUGACAGCUUUGUUUGAGGAUAUUCGUGAAGCUGCUUAGGAGCAGAUAGCAGAUUUAUUUACAUUCCAGGAUGACAAAGCUGGUACUGGAGACUUUUCUAUGGGUUGGAGAGCAGAUUUGUUUUCUCCCCAGUAAUGAAGUCUAUCUCCGGAGGGCAGGUUUACAGACAGUUUUGCUUUAGGACCGGGAAAUUCCGAAGCUGCAUCUUCUUCAACUGUUAGAAGUCUGUGGAGUACAUGGCAUUCACAUUCAUUGCUGCCAUGGCAAUUGAGCAGCAGGGAGGACUGAUUCAAACAUGACGUUCAUGCUGCUUGCUAUGCUGUGAAUAAUAAACUGCCUUGUUUGUUGGGGGCUUGUGUUCUUACUACAUGAAUUUAGAGAAGUGUGGCAAGUUGACUUAGCAGUUUAGGGACUACCUGGCCAUAGGACAGCCCUCCUACCUUCAACUCAAUGCCUUAGGAUCACAGCAUGUCUCAGCGGGCUCAGUGUAGUCAGUUAGUGGAUAGAUGUGUUUUUGGGGGCAACACUGUGGCAUAGCAGAUAAAGACGCCACCUGCAGUGCCAGCAUCCCAUAUGGGCUCUGGUUCAAGUCCUGCUGCUCCUCUUUCCUAUCCAUCUCUCUGCUAUGGCCUGGGAAAGCAGUAGCAGAUAGUUCAGGUCUUUGGGCCCCUGCACCCACGUGGGAGACCUGGAAGAAGCUCCAGGCUCCUUGCUUCAAUUGGCCCAGCUCUGUCUGUUGUGACUAUUUGGAGAGUGAGCCAGUGGAUGGAAGACCUCUCUCUGUCUCUCUGCCUCUUCCUCUCUGUAACUGCCUUUCAAAUAAAUAAACAAUAAAACUCUUUAAAAAAAAUUAUGUGUUUGGGGAGCUAGUCUCAGCCCAGCUAAGUUAACCUGUUUGAAUCCUAUGUGGUUGCCCAUCUAGCCAUCUAAAUUAGACUUGUUCUCAUGGCAAUGAUAGCAUUCCCAAAUGAAGCCAAAGACCUGGGAAAUUGGCAUGUAGAUGGACCUUGAGGUUUAGGUUCAACCUGGCACACUGUCACUUUUCCACAAGCUAUUGGCUGGUCACAGGCCAGCCAAAAUUCAAAGUGUGGGGAUAUAUAUUCUGCUUGAUAUUGGAAGCAUUAAAGUCACAUUCCAAGGGGUCUGCAUACACAAAGAAGGAGAAUGGGGACCAUUUUGAUGAUCCUUCCACCACACAUUGGGUCCUUUUCAUCAUGGAAUAAGUGAGUAGUAGUUUGUCAUCAUUGGAACAGAUACAUAUUAUAGAUUCAGGUUUGGCUUACCUGCAUGCAAUGGAUACCCUAUUAUCUAUUCAUGGAUGCCUCAUUUAUUAUUAUGCUAUUCCACACAUUGCUUCUGAUGAAGCAUGCUACUUCCUGGUGAAAGAAUUGUAGUGAAGUGGUGCCAUGGCUCACUAGGUUAAUCCUCCCCCUGAGGUGCUGGCACCCCGGGGUUCUAAUCCCAGUCGGGGCGCCGGAUUCUGUCCCGGUUGCUCCUCUUCCAGUCCAGCUCUCUGCUGUGGCCUGGGAAGGCAGUGGAGGAUGGCCCAAGUGCUUGGGCCCUACACCCGCAUGGGAGACCAGGAGGAAGCACCUGGCUCCUGGCUUCGGAUCGGCCCAGUGCGCCGGCUGUAGCGGCCAUUUUGGGGUUGAACUAACAGAAGGAAGACCUUUCUCUCUGUCUCUCUCUCUCUCACUGUCUAACUCUGCCUGUCAAAAAAAAAAAAAAAAAAAGUAAUGAAGACAAUUGUUGAAUCUUUUCAGGAACUCCAGUACUCAGAUGUAGUUGCUAUGAUAAAACAAUUUAUUUUAAGAUUUAUUUAUUUAUUUGAGAGGCAGAGUUACAGGGAGGGAGAGACAGAGAGGUCUUCCUUCUGCUGAUUCACUCCCCAAACGGCCACUACAGCUGGAGCUGGGCUGGUCUGAAGCUAGGAGCGUCUUCUGGGUCUCUCACAAGGGUAUAGGGCCCCAGGCACUUAGGCCAUCUUCUGCUGCUUUCCCAGGCCAUAAGCAGAGAGCUGGAUUGGAAGUGGAGUAACUGGGACACAAACUGGCACCCAUAUGGGAUGCUGGCACUGCAGGCAGAGGCUUUAACCUACUAUGCUACAGCACCUGCCCCGGUAAAGCAGUUUAAAUAACCCUUUUUGCAUACUCAUUUAUGGUGCUAGCUGACAGACAACAUAUUGUGAGACUGGGAUUCUGUCUUACAGGUUUGUGAUAUAUGAACAUCUGAAAUAUACUAUGGUUUCUCUCACAGCUUACAUGAGUCUGGGAAUUGAGGGGUGGAGGCAGGAGCAGUUCUUUAUGCUUUUACACUUAAUAACUCAUGUAUGAAUUCUUGGGUUCAGGUUUGGAGUGCUUAGUCUCCAAGGGAGGAAGAGUUCCACACAGAGCAGUCAUUGUUCAUUAUAAUGGAAUAUGUAAUAAGAUUACCAUUGAAGCUCUCUUUGCUGAACUACGAGGGGGAGAAGGGGUUAUUAUACCCUUGGGUGAUGCACCGCACAUUCCAAGGGAUAUUGGGCUACGAGUAUAAAACAAGGACAGGCAAGACUGAAGGCCAGGGGAGUCACUAGGGCACCUCAUUGUUUUCUCAUUUACAAUGAAGGUCAAGAGAGAGUGGCAUAAAUUCCGCAGAAACAGUUUUCUUUCAUUUUUUUUAAAGGUAGAGCAACAGAGAGAGAGAGAGAGAGAGAGAAUCUUCCACCCUUGAAUUCACUACCCAAAUGCCUGCAGCAUCUGGCGCUGGGCCAGGACAAAGCCAGGAUGUCGUGGAGGAACGACACAAGACCCUGUGCUGUUCUUUUAUCUGCUCGGCUCUUCCUGGGUUAGCUGCCGUUCCCUCACUCGUGGAGGAACAACGCCGUCCCGGGUUAGCUGCUGGCCCCUCCACCUCCGUGGAGGGGCGGCACCCCCCGCCGCUUUCCCUGCUUCCGCGGAGGAGUGGCACACCGCCAGCCGGCUCUCUCGGGGGCUGCUCAGAUGUUCCUCAGGUGUUCCUUCAGAUGUUCCCGGUGCAUGUUGUCUCUCUCCUCCUUUAUAGUCCUCUUCCACCAAUCCCAACUCUGCUGCCCACAUGCCGAGCACGCUGCUCUCCUCCAAUCAGGAGCAGGAUCAGCUCCUGCAGCUUAUCAGUCAAAUUGGCGAGAGGCAGCUGUGUAGAAGUUUACUCCUCCCCAGCGCCAUAUUGUGGGAGAGCAGAUGCAUAGAAUAAGUCUUAAUUCCAGUAACUUAGUCUAGUCUAGUCUCAGUUGCUCCCCACAGUUCCCCCUUUCUUUUUAUUUUUUUUUUGGCAUUGAUACGCGCCUGUCUUCAGUGCCCCGCAGCGCACACUCUGCUCUGCUCUGCUCAAGUUGCCCAUGGGUGCUUACAAGCCCUACCAAUCAGGCAAACCGAAUCCGGGUCCUCUCUUCGCCAUGUUGUGAGGAGGUUUUUAGGCGCUGAUGCGUGCCUGUGUUCGGUGCCCUGUGGUGCAUUCUCUGCUCUGCCUGCCCACAGGUGCUUACCGCCUUACUAAUCAGGCAGACCGAAUCCGAGCCUUCUCAUUGCCGUGUUGUGGGGAGACUUAUUGGUGUUGAUAACGUGCCUGUCUUCAGUGACCUGCGGCGGGUACUCUGCUAGCCGCCCGCAGGUGCUCACCGCCUUACUAAUCAGGCAGACUGAAUCCAAGCCCUCUCAUCGCUGUGUUGUGGGGAGGCCUUAUUUUUCUCUAUUUCUCUAUCUCCGGGCAUUCCUAUCUCUCCUAUUUUACUUCUAUCUGCCAGCAUUCCUAUUUCUCUCAUUUUACUUUUUUUUUUUUUUUUUUUUUUUUUUUGACAGGCAGAGUGGACAGUGAGAGAGAGAGAGACAGAGAGAAAGGUCUUCCUUUGCCGUUGGUUCACCCUCCAAUGGCCGCCGCUGCAGCCGGCGCACCGCGCUGAUCCUGGCAGGAGCCAGGAGCCAGGUGCUUUUCCUGGUCUCCCAUGGGGUGCAGGGCCCAAGCACCUGGGCCAUCCUCCACUGCACUCCCUGGCCAUAGCAGAGAGCUGGCCUGGAAGAGGGGCAACCGGGACAGAAUCCGGCGCCCCAACCGGGACUAGAACCCGGUGUGCCGGCGCCGCAAGGUGGAGGAUUAGCCUAUUGAGCCACGGCGCCGGCUUCAUUUUACUUCUAUACUUCUGUUUCUCUUAUCCCCGCGGCUUCCCAGCGUCCGCCCCGAGGCGGCUUCUCGGCGCCUCGCCCCGCAGCGGCUUCCCGGCUCUGCGCGGCUUCCCAGCUUCGCGCGCGCUCUGCGGUCUCCAUGCCUUUUUGCGGCCGACCCACAGCCUCCACGCUAGCCCCGCACUCUUCUAACUACUCGCACCCCGUGUGCUCUCUCCGUGCGUGCCCCGCGCGCUCUCUGCACUUGGCAGCUUCCGCAAAUCACGGCCUAGCUCACGUUUCCGCUUUUCGGUUUAGUUUUCAGUCUAAGUUCCCCGGGCUAACCUGACGAAUUCCAACCUAGCUUAAGUCUCCGCUUUUCGGUUUGGCUUCCCGUUUUUUGCUCCCCAGGCUAAUCUGACGGAUCCCAACCUAGCUUACGUCUCCGCUUUCGGUUUGGCCUCCUGUCUUUUGCUCCCCGGGCUGACUUGACGAAUUCCAACCUAGCUUACGUCUCCGCUUCGGCCUACCCCCACGGCUUCAUUUUCCCUAGCUUAUAUUUUUCUCUAGCCGGUACAUUUCCUAGCUUUCUUCCAACAAUAUUUCUCUCUCAUUUCUCCUGGCUUCUCCCCACAGUCCGUAUCCAAGUCUGUUUCUUCUAGCUUUCACUUUUGCUUUCAACCUUAGCUUUCUCCUAGCUUCUCCCCGCAGUCCGUAUCCAAGUCUAAGUUUCUUCUAGCUUUCACUUUCACUUUCAAUCUUAGAUUUCUCCUAGCUUCUUCCCGCAGUCCGUAUCCGAGUUUGUUUUUUCUAGCUUUCACUUUCGCUUUCAAUCCUAACUUCUUCCAGCACUUUUUCCAUCCGGCUUUUCCCUAGGCUCUUCCCUAGUCUCUCUCUCCGGUAUUUUCCCGCUUUUUCCCUCCUAGGUUUCAUAUCUGAGUCACGGCACCAUUAUGUCGCUCCCCCAUUAGUGGAGGAACGACACUAGACCCUGUGCUGUUCUUUUGUCUGCUCGGCUCUUCCUGGGUUAGCUGCCGGUCCCUCACUCGUGGAGGAACAACGCCGUCCUGGAGGUGGAGGGGCGGCACCCCCGCCACUUUCCCUGCUUCCGCGGGAGCGGCACACCGCCGGCCGGCUCUCUCGGGGGCUGCUCAGAUGUUCCUCAGGUGUUCCUUCAGAUGUUCCCGGUGCAUGUUGUCUCUCUCCUCCUUUAUAGUCCUCUUCCACCAAUCCCAACUCUGCUGCCCACAUGCCGAGCACGCUGCUCUCCUCCAAUCAGGAGCAGGAUCAGCUCCUGCAGCUUAUCAGUCAAAUUGGCGAGAGGCAGCUGUGUAGAAGUUUACUCCUCCCCAGCGCCAUAUUGUGGGAGAGCAGAUGCAUAGAAUAAGUCUUAAUUCCAGUAUCUUAGUCUAGUCUCAGUUGCUCCCCACACCAGGAGCCAGAAACUCAGUCUAGGUCCUGUGGAGGGUAGCAGGGCUUCCAUAUGUGAGCUGUCAUCUGCAGCCUCCCAGGGUGUGCAUUGGCAGGAAAUGGAUCAGAAGCUGAGGUAGAACUUGAACUCAGACACUCUGAUACAGGAUGCAGGCAUUACAAGUGACAGCCUAAUUUGCUGUGCCAUAAUACCUGCCCCAAAGACUGUUUUUUUUUUUUUAACUUUCUCCCGAAGACAGUUUUUAAAUUCAACAUUAAAGCGUUUAUGUUCUUAUUCACAUACCAAUACGGCCCCAACCUCUCAACUUUUAUUGCUUUUUCCUAUUCCCAGUAUACACUUUACGAACUAAAUUUCUUUUUUUAUUGCAACAAAUUCCUUCAUAAAGCCAUGUUUUUAAUAAUAAUAAUUAUGAUACUUUCUAUCAGUUGUUAAGAUGCACAAUUUUUUAAAAGAUUUAUUUGAAAGUUAGAGUUACACAGAGAGAGAAGGAGAGAGAGAGAGAGAGAGAGGGAGAGAGAGGUCUUCCAUCUGCUGGUUCACUCCCCAGUUGGUUGCAAUGGCCAGAGCUGCAACGAUCUGAAGCCAGGAGCCAGGAGCUUCUCCUAGGUCUCCCACAUAAAUUCAGGGGCCCAAGGACCUGGGCCAUCUUCUACUGCUUUCCCAGGCCAUAGCAGAGAGCUGGAUCGGAAGUGGAGCAGCCGGGACUCAAACUGGUGCCCAUAUGGGAUGCUGGCACUGCAGGUGGCAGCUUUACCUGCUACAUCACAGUGCCAGCCCCAAGAUGCACAAUUAACACCUCUGAAAUCAGGAUUGUGUCUUUUAAAAAAAUAUUUAUUUAUUUAUUUAUUUGAAAGAGUUACAGAGAGAAGUGGAAACAGAGAGAGAGGUCCUCCAUCCGCUGGUUCAUUCCCCAGAUGGCCGCAAUGGGCAGAGCUUUGCCGAGCUGAAGCCAGGAGUCAGAAGCUUCCUCCCAGUCCCCGACGUGGGUGCAGGGGCCCACAGACCUGGGCCAUCUUCCACUGCUAUCCCAGGCCAUAGCAGAGAGCUGGAUCAGAAGAGGAGCAGCUGGGAUUAGAACCGGCACCCAUAAUAUGGGAUGCUGAUGCUUCAGGCCAGGGUGUAACCAGCUGUGCCACAGUGCCAGCCCCAGGAUGGUAUCCUAAAAUUGCUGCUGGCCAAUUGCUUUUAGCAAUUAAUGUCAAUUUUGGUACUACUUACAUUGUUUUAAAUUACCAUUUUUUAAAAAAGGUUACUCUAUAAUCUGACAUUGAGAUGAAGUUUUUAUGUGCACAGAAAAAGCUGGAAACACAGCAGUAUGACAUAAGAUACAAAUUUAUGUCUAAGUAAUGAGUAAGCUUAAAAGAGCUUUCAAUAGGUAUAUAUAACAAAUCUAAGCAGUAAUAAACCAUUUCAGCAUGCUUAGUGUAAUUCAUAAAAAUGCUUAUUUUACAGUUACCAGAAGCUUAGAUUUGAUAGACUAUGAUGACCAUGUUAACAUAAGCUUAGGGGUCAGCAUUGUGGCGCAGUGGGCCAUGCUGCCACUUGCAAUCCAAGCAUCCCAUGUAGGUGCUGGUUUAAUUCCUGGUUGCUUCACUUCCAAUCCAACUCCCUGCCAAAACAUGGGAAGGCAAGAGAGGAUGCCCAAGUGUUUGGGCCAGUACCACCCAUGUAGGAUGUCUGGAUGAAGCUCCUGGCUUUGGCCUGACCUAGCCCUGGCUGUCAUGGCCAUCUUGGGGAGUGACCAAGAAGAUGGAAGCGCUCUCUCUCUUAGCUUGGCCUUUCAAAUACAUAAAUAAAUCUUAAAAAAAAAAAAAACAACUAACAGAAGCUAGCACUUAUUGAAGACACUGUUUGCUAAGUGUUUUUUGUUUCCCUUGACACAUUUGUAUAACCUAUAGUCUCUGUGGUCUAGCAUUCCGUUCCUUCUUAUGAAAAACUAAUAAAGCUAGAUUAAAAGUUUGCAUUGUGGGUUAAGCUGUAGCUUGCAAUGCUGGCAUCCCUUAUCACAGUGCAGGUUGGAGUCUCUGCUUCCACUCCAUUAUUCCUGCUAAUGUGGCCAUAAAGGCAGUAGAAGAUGGAUCAGGUACUUGGGCCCCUGCCUCUCAUUUGAGAGAUCCCAACAGAGUUCCUAGCUCCUGGCUGCAGCCUUGCCCAGCCUUUGCUGUUGCAGGCUUUUGGACAGUGAACCAGUGGAUGGAAGAUCUCUCUUUUUUCUGCUGCUCUUUCAAAUAAGUAAGUCUUAAAUUUUCUCUGCAAGGCUUCCUUGAGGCAAUUAGUUCUGUUUGAACCACAUUCCAGUUAUGCAGCACACUUCAGUUGCUCUGUAAAAGAUCAGCUUGGGAGGCCGGCGCUGCAGCUCACUAGGCUAAUCCUCCGCCUAGCGGUGCCCGCACACCGGGUUCUAGUCCGGGUUGGGGCACCGGAUUCUGUCCUGGUUGCCCCUCUUCCAGGCCAGCCCUCUGCUGUGGCCAGGGAGUGCAGUGGAGGAUGGCCCAGGUGCUUGGGCCCUGCACCCCAUGGGAGACCAGGAAAAGCACCUGGCUCCUGGCUCCUGCCAUCGGAUCAGCGCGGUGCGCCGGCCGCUGCAGCCAUUGGAGGGUGAACCAACGGCAAAAGGAAGACCUUUCUCUCUGUCUCUCACUGUCCACGCUGCCUAUCAAAAAAAAAAAAAAAAAAAAAAAAAAAAAAAAAAAAAAAAAAGA